UGCUCUAACAAGCUUGAUUAUCUGUAAUCUUCGACUGUCCGAUUACUAACUUUUACUCAUACACUUACCAUUUUAUUUAAACAUAAACAAGAUGGCGGAAACCGAAUCUACAGGCCCUUCAAGCGCCGUCGCGCAACUAUCGUCUGACAGUACUCUUAGUGGGUUCUCCUUGCCCGACCCCGGCUUCGACCCUUCUAACAAUCAUGCCAUCAAGGCUUAUUACGAGAAGAAAGAGAAGAAGGGUGUCCUCGCCGACGAAGAUGGUAUCGAGGGGGAUAUCGAAGAAGAGGCCGAGAGAGCAGUCACUGACUGGGAGGAGGCAGUCGGUCGAAAAGCGACCGACGAAGAGCGCGAAAACAUGAAGGCAAGGAUCCGACAAAUUCGUGCCGGUGAAUGGCUGGAAGGCGCAAAAGCGCAGCUCGUCGGGAAGGCCACUGUUCCGAUCGCUUGGUUCAACCGUCUCGUAGCUCAGAAUGAAGGGGUUAUCCAGUUUGUUGCCCAGAAAUCCGUUGAAAUGAAACAACGGAGACAGGAGGCUAACGGGAAAAUCGCGGAACUCCUAGAAGAGUUUGAAAGGCUAAAGGACGCUCAAGUGGCCAGCGAGGACAUCGACAAACUUAAAGCCCAGAUCGAAAAACUGGAGCAAGAAGUUUCAACGCUGCAAGAUGAUCUUACCAAGGCCGAAGAAAAACUCAAGAAGCUCGGCGAGGAGAACGACCAACUAAAGACCCAGCUUAAAGAAAGCCAGGACCGCGAGAAAAAUCUCCAAGAUAAAUACGACAGGCAAACAUCCGAGCUAAAUGUUUGCUACAGAAACCUCCGGGAUCGAGAGGAAAAGAUCGAACAGCUCGAGGAAGAGGCGAGGGCAAUACGGAGAAGGGAACGAGCUGUUAGAAAUGACAACAGGAACCUCGAGAAGACGAUCGCUGAGCUAAAGCGUAGGCUCGAGGACAGUGAAAAUGACAAGAAUAAGGCAACACCGAGCACCGCGCCUGCCCCAUCUGCUGAGUUCGACACUAUGAAGAUACUUCGAGAGCUCAAGGAGGCGAAGGAGAAAGACGAAGAAUUGAAAGAAGAGAGCAAAGAGCUCCUUGAUCGAUGGAUGGCCCAGGUUGCCGACAGGAACAAUCUCUUGGAGUUCUACAACGCCGUGGGUGAAGUAAGAGAAUCGAUGGGCAAGCUGAAGCAACGAGUCGUCGCCUUUUACCAUAGUCUCGGUUACGACGACGACACCGUCCGAUCUGCGGGAGAGGCUCUCGACAACCUCGAGGAGCAGAUUAGGGAGCAACCUCAACAACGGCUCGGCGCCCGGCUCUGGGGUCUCAAGCUCCUGGCUGAGAAGCAGAUGUUAGGGACGGAGCUAAUGACGCAGGUGAUUAGGAACGACACCCUAAACAUGAAGCUUGAGAUGGCCAAGCCGGACGAGCAGAUCGACAUGGAGAUACGUAUGGAGUACAAUAUAUUCAAUGACAUCGAGAUCAAUAAGCGGGUCGCAGCAGAGACGCAGAUGUACCGGGCGCAUCGCCGCGAAUUAGUUGGGAAGAUGUUCGAAUGUGGAGAAAGGUUGAACCUGAUCGCCGUCGAAUGUCCUGACCAGCCGACUCGAGAAGCCAUCACGACUGCGUCUCGGGAAUGCUUAUCCCUGCCCAGUCUUAUGAGGCUAACGCCGGUGGCUGCAGAGUCGCGCGAAUAAUCUGCAAACAUCGCGUCUUCAAAGUUGUCCUCGCUACCAUCUCUGACAAUAGUCCCUAUAUCGCGGGCUUAAUCCGGAGCGAGCAACUGCCAAUAUACUAUAGAACGGCCGAGUGACACUAAGAGUAGGGCCGGGGGAAAGGGGGAAAGGGGGAAAGGGGGUUAUCCAGUAAACUGCCUAAGCGUCUGUGUAUAGGGAUCUUCACCAUGUUUCAAUUGUUUACUCGUAAGUUC